CAAGGCUAAGGCCACUCGCCCCGCUGGGGACAAGAAACGUAAGAAGAAGAGGAAGGAAAGUUAUUCCAUCUACAUCUACAAAGUAAUGAAGCAAGUCCACCCCGACACUGGCAUCUCCAGCAAAGCUAUGUCUAUCAUGAACAGUUUUGUCAACGAUUUGUUCGAAAGAAUAGCUUCUGAAGCCAGCCGUUUGGCUCACUACAACAAGCGUUCAACCAUCAGUAGCCGUGAGGUGCAGACUGCUGUGCGUCUGCUUCUCCCCGGUGAGUUGGCUAAACACGCCGUCUCUGAAGGUACCAAGGCUGUUACCAAAUACACCAGCAGCAAGUAAAACCAUUUACGUUUUUGUCUAUCAGACGGUCCUU